UUAUUUAUUUGAAGCCAAAGGAGACAGGAAAAGGUGGGAGAUGACUUGCACUUCUGUGCUGCUGCUGUUCCUGCUUUGUUCUUCCUGCUCCCCAGCGGCGGUAGUAGUGGCAUAUGGAAGCUGCGCUUCGCCGUCGCCAGAAGUGGAGGGCUCGCUCAUUAUCUCAUCUCCUCUCUUCCCAGCUUUAGCAACCUUCUGCUAUAUUUAGCACCUCUGGGCUUCCUGAUUCUUCCUGACUCCUCCAUCUCCGGCUUUAUCCUUAUCUUUCCUUUUGAAGCAACAUCUCAGAGGCGGGAUGGAAGAUCUGUUCAGCAUACAUCCGGGAAUACUGGGGGGAGGGGAGACGCCGGCAGUGGGUUUGGCGUCCAGCUGCCAGGGGACAAGCGAGGCGUCGGAGGUGACAGGAAGCAGCGGCGGCGGUGGGUCGGAUCUGACGGAUCUGAUCAAAGCUCAGAUCGCGAACCACCCUCGCUACCCCUCUCUUCUAUCCGCCUACAUCGAGUGUCAGAAGGUGGGGGCGCCGCCGGAGGUGGCGACGCUUUUGGAAGAGAUCGGGAGGGAGAGGUACUCCAGCAUGGGCGGUGGCGAGAUCGGAGCUGAUCCGGAGCUGGAUGAGUUCAUGGAAUCAUACUGUCAUGUAUUGGUCCGGUACAAGGAGGAGCUCCUGAAGCCCUUCGACGAGGCUGCUUCGUUCCUCAACGAUAUCGAGAUGCAGCUCACCAAACUAUGCAAAGGAUCCUCUUCUGCUGCUGCUGCCGCUGCCGCUGCCGCUGCCGCUGUCGCCGCUGCGGCCACCGGCAAUUCUCCUUCCGAGGAAAUGAUUGGAUCCUCUGAAGAACUAUGUUGUGGAGAUCUGGAAACAUCCGAAGGCCAGGAAUGCGGUUCACGCCUGGCCGACCAAGAAUUGAAGGAGAUGCUGCUGAAGAAGUAUAGUGGCUAUCUGAGCAAUCUGCGCAAGGAAUUCUUGAAGAAGAGGAAGAAGGGAAAGCUACCGAAGGAUGCACGGUUGAUGCUAUUAGACUGGUGGAACACUCACUACAGAUGGCCGUAUCCAACUGAAGAGGAGAAGGCAAAGCUAGCAGAGAAGACAGGCCUUGACCAGAAGCAAAUCAACAACUGGUUCAUCAACCAAAGAAAAAGACACUGGAAGCCGUCCGAUGACAUGCGAUACGCGCUGAUGGAGGGGGUGAGUGGUGGAUCCAGUGGGACCAUGUUGUACUUUGACAGGGGUGCAAUUGGUCCUUGAGCAAUUGGAUCCAGUUCACAAGCUUGUUUUGGGCCACUUGCAGCUGCUCAUGAUUCCUAUGUGAAAGAUGUUGCAUAGAAUUGCUAGCUAUGCAUUUAUCAUAGAGUGGAUAAUGGCUUAACUGGUAAAAGGCUAUAUCUGCCUUCUUUUUGGUUGUAUUGUGAUGUGUGUUCUGGUUAUCCCUGCUAAUUAAUGUACUCAUCUGUUUAUUGGCCUCAAAUAGUGUUGUUGAGGCCUGCUAAGUUUGGACUACUUGAAUGUUCAAAUCUAGAAAUUAUGAAGAGCUUGUAGACAGGGUUUCCUGUAUCUCUGUAUAUAUAUCAUGUGGCUAUCAGGUGGACUUUAAACUCAGCAAAGAGUUGCUUUGUUCAUGUGGCAUCAAACAA